UGAACGAGAGAGAACGAAAAGAAAAACCAAAUUUUUGGGGGGGUGCUCACGGCGGCUGCCCCAGCGAAGAUGUUGUCACCGGAAUGGGCCAUGUUGUCGACCUGUGCUAACUAGGUUCUCGUGCUCAUCGAAUGCACCGAACUGCGGCACCGAAAGGAGAACGGCGGCGAUACAACGCACCCGCCGAGUGACGGAGUGACGGCGGCCGAAUGGCAGCGGCAAAACAAACCGCUCUGGCCGGGCUGUGACACGGCAUGCCCGCCGUACUACACCGCCGACCGAGACUCCCGAGGUAGGCGAGGGAUCCAUCUUUGACUCCGUGUGCGUGUGCGGCCGCGGAACCAGCACGGCACUCGGGAAGGAAGCGAUUCGGCGGGCCGACGCUAGCCGCCGAUCUUGCGGGUGACAUUUGAGAAUUGGCGUUCAGCGGCGCGACGUAUGCGCCCUAUCAAUCAACCGCUCGUCGCGGGCGAAGUCUUGGUGGCCUCGUCGCUAAGUUCGGACGACGCCGAAGAGCACAAGGACUGUGAAACACGAGGGAGGUGUGACGAGCACCACGUGUGCGGAGCGCUGGCGAACGGGGAACAGCAACACCCUGGCGCUAUGUACGCGCAGAAUGGCGAUGCCCUGGACGGCGCCCAGCCAUUGCUCGGCGCUCCGUUGAAGAGGCGACGCAGCGAGGACGGUGAGCGAAACAAGAGGGCUCGCGACUUCCAGCGCGGCUGCGAAUCCGACGGAGACCUGCCCACAAGCGUCGGCGCGCAGACCACGACCCAGCAUCAUCAUCACCACCACCACCAUCACAAGAAGGCGGCGACCGGUGCAGCCGACGAGCACCAUCAGCCUAACAGCGGAGAUGUGCACGGCGUCUGCACGCUCGAGGAAGGAUCGCUGAAGCUCAAGAUAUCGUUGCACCGGCCGCAUGCUGUCACACCUGACGGCUUAUCGGCCCUGCCGACGGGCAAGCCCCCCAGCAGCGAUAAGGCGGCGCAUGCAAGCAGCCGGCCGCAGAGCCCUCUGGCCAAGUCCGACGAAGUCAAGGCGGUUUGCGACCCAUAUUCCCCCACAGCACUACCCGCCGCGGACAGUGCCGGCAGUGCAGUGCAAAAGGUGGACGCCGUGUUUUCUGUAGUGGACUCUGAUUGUGACCCGAAGCUCGAAGUGUUCGCUUUGCCUCCGAGUCCCGUUUCUCCACUGGUAGUUCGAAAGGUGGAACUUCCCAAGACUCCUUCGCCACAGGAGGUGGCCUCAGAUUUAACCAAAGAUUCGUCGAUCACCCAUAAAUACGAUACCUCAGCCGCUGCUAUAGACAAUGCGAUUCGGGUGGACAAGCAGGCAAUAUGUAGCGACCCGCAACUCAGGAGCGCUUUAAACAAACCCAUAUCAAACGCUGUCUUUUCCAGUGCAACCAUACCUGCAACGUCGAAGGCACACCAUUCAAACACUGCCCUUACGCCGAGUGGCAACCAUGCAAUCUCCAAAGAGCUUUCGCGUAUGAUGGACACUUGUGCGCGAGAACACAAUUCAGCGGGAGGCCGUUCUCGCAAGAGCACCAAUCCCGGCCACUACGUGGCCUACCAGGCACCGCACAACCGAAGGCGACUCAUUCAGGACACUUCGAAGCUGAGAGGAAAAAUGAGAAGUCCCAUAGAAUUCCCAGCGCCCCUCGAGAGCAGAAAAUCUCCGCAGAGCUUCCACCACGUGAGCAUGUCAGUCGGCCAAAAUGGUGGACGAGGCUUUGUCAAUCACAACUCGAUCUUGGACCAUCCGAGUGUGCAUGCGAGAAUGUUCCCUCCCCCGGGAGCAUCACCUGCCAGGCUGGCUUCGCUGCUGACAUCGAACAAGCAGCUAGCACCUUCCGCAGUUAAGCAGUCCGCAGUGCAUAGCAAAGCAGGCACGUCAUCGGAUGCGCACCAGCCACUGGACCUCUCCAAGGCAGUAAGCAAGCCCACAAAGAUGGCCCGCUUAGCUCAAACGACAAGAAACUACGUUCCACCCAUUAUGCUGUUCUACAUGAGAUCUCGCAGCAGGCAGAGAUUGGAACACAUCGUGGUAAAGCUAUGGGCCAAACAAAACAUCCCACUUCGGGGGAGGCCUCGUCCUUAGUAUACCUCUCUGCAAAAACAUGUUCCCAAGACGGUGUUUUGUUGAAUCGGAGUGCUCGUACUGCUGGAACUACGGUUGAGUGCAGCUGCGUGUAAAUGGUGUUUUGCAGAUCACACAGUUAUGUGUUCGAUAUUGGGGUGGGUGGGGGACAUCUUGUUACUUUACAUUAAAAAAAAAGUGUGCAGCAGUAUUAAG